AUGCUUGCAGAUGGCCUCAAACAGAAGUUCAGUUACGGCAGCACUGUCCACCUGAUGCUGCUCAGCCAGCAAACGCCGCAAGAGCAGCUUUUCUUCUGUCCCGACACUCAGACCCGGCUCGAGAAAGUGCGCUGGAUUGGCUGGAGCAGCAACCAAUACUAUGUUCCCAGAUUUUUCACGUUCCCACGCUUCUGGAGGCCUCUAGUUUCUCUGUUCCCGGAUGUCUCCUUGAUCUUCACGCACCUAAGUAGGUACCUCAUUCUUCCUCAAAACCCCGUCUGGGAGAAAAUCCGUCGCUACCAUUUCGCGUAUUCGUCACUGGUUCCGGGAAAGGCAGUAGGAGUCCAGAUUCGACGAAGGGAAAAUGCGGAAUUCCACGAGCCAACGUACAGACGGACCAUGCAGUGCCUCGUUGAAAACGGUCUUGUGCCAAGCGUUUCAGAGUCCGGUCACGACAUCCCAGCUGACAAAGGCCAACACCAGUCAAGAAAAAACAGGACUAAAGUCUUCGUUACCUCGUUGCAAAGCAGGUACUACGAGGAGCUCCGGAAUACAUAUAUAAACAAGCCUACGGUUGACGGUAGCCUUGUACGGGUCCAUACGAUGUCACACGACGAAGUCGAGUCUCAAUCUUACGAGCAAGUUCGCAACGCGUUGGCAGAGAUGUGGCUCCUCAGCUUGAGCGACGAGCUAGUGACGAGUAGCUGGUCGACGUUUGGAUACGUUGCGCAGGGACUAGGUGCGCUUCGGCCUUACAUCCUCAACAUCAAGGGUGACUUCGGGAAGGACGGCCUCCCGGCAUGCUCUCUCGGACAGUCUAUCGAGCCCUGCAAUCAGUUUCCGUUCAGUUCAGUGUGCGAAAGAAACGAAACCGCUGAUUUGGAGCACAGCGAAUGGAUCAAAGCGCACAUCAGACGUUGCCAAGACGAACCCAGCGGCAUCCAGCUUAUACAGGACUGA